AUGGCAGCCACGGAUCAGCGAGAGGCGGCGACGACGACGCCGCCCAGUCCCAAGUCGCCGCCCAAGUACCCGGACCUCUGCGGCCGGCGGCGGCUGCAGCUCGAGGUGCAGAUCUUGAACCGGGAGAUAGGCUUCCUCGAGGUAUUAUCAGUCAAUGUUGGAUUUUUCAUCUCCUCUUGUAGUAGUUACCUUGAUUUAAGCCCUUCAUUUGCACACAAACCAUUUGCCGACCAAGAACAGUGUGAUCUUCAACUUUCAUCACUCCAGAAGUUUCCAUUCAUGUACACAAAGACAUACUCUUUAAAGCACCUUCAUGUUUACAAAAGAAUAAAAACUCAUGGAAAUUUCAUAUUAAGCAGGAGGAGUUACAAUCGCUUGAAGGACUUCAACCUGUCUCAAGAUGCUGCAAGGACUGCUUCCCAAGGAACUGUGACUGCUGCACAAAGAAUUACAGCUGCUUCUCAAGGAGCUGCAGCUGCUGCCCCAAGAGCUGCGAUUGUUGCCCCAAGAACUGCAGCUGUUGUCCCAAGAGCUGCGAUUGCUGCCCCAAGAACUGCAGCUGCUGUCCCAAGAGCUGCAGGUGCAGCUGCUGCCCCAAGAGCUGCGAUUGCUGCCCCAAGAACUGCAGCUGCUGUCCCAAGAGCUGCGAUUGCUGCCCCAAGAACUGUAGCUGUUGUCCCAAGAGUUGCAGGUGCAGCUGCUGCCCCAAGAGCUGCGAUUGCUGCCCCAAGAACUGCAGCUGCUGUCCCAAGAGCUGCGAUUGCUGCCCCAAGAACUGUAGCUGCUGUCCCAAGAGUUGCAGGUGCAGCUGCUGCCCCAAGAGCUGCGAUUGCUGCCCAGGGAGCUGCAGGUGCAGCUGCUUCCCAAAGAGCUGGGAUUGUUGCACAGGGAGCUGCAGCUGCUGCCCAAAGAGCUGCAAGUGCUGCCCAGGGAGCUGCAGCUGCUGGCCAGAGAGCUGCAGUUGCUGCUGCCCAAAGAGCUGCAAGUGCUGCCCAGGGAGCUGCAGCUGCUGGCCAGAGAGCUGCAGUUGCUGCUGCCCAAAGAGCUGCAAGUGCUGCCCAGGGAGCUGCAGCUGCUGGCCAGAGAGCUGCAGUUGCUGCCCAAAAAAUUGCAGUUGUUUCCCAAAAAAUUGCAGCUGUUGCCGCUCUGAAUGUGCAUGCCCUUGCUGCAGUUGCUGUGAGUUCCCUUGCUGCAGACCAACCUGCAGCUGCUGUGAGGAUUUAUUCUGCAAACCACAUUGCAGCUGUCCUGAUGUUUCCUGCUACAGGCCGCGUUGCAAUUGCUUGGAGCUUUCCUGCUUCAGUUUGUGUUGCUGCAAUCAGGGUGUUUCAUGCUUCAAACCACAAUGUUGUAGCUGGGGAUUCCCCUGCUCCAAACUACAAUGUUGUGGCUGGGGGUUUCCUUUCUCCAGACCAUGCUGUGUCCUUCCAAGCCUCUCCUGCCCUAAGUACUCCUGCGGCUGUAUCUUAUCCUGUCCAAGAUGUACAGAGGUACGCCUGUGCCCAAGAUGCACCAAACCUGGCUGUACUACCGGAUGUCUAUGUUAGGUUAGAUCAUGGCAUUUUCAGUUUCGUUUCAGAAGCAUCAUCUAUGACUACUAACAAUUUUCAGUUUAGGGAGGAUUUGUUUUUCUAUGUGGAUAACCUUUACAAGCUCUAG